AGAAGUACUCAUGAGGGCAGUGUGUGAACAUGGCAUCUGUCAUAAAGUUUGAAGAAGUUGCAAGCAAAUUGUCAAGAAGUUACUGAACAUCUUUUGUUAAUAAUUUAACGCGGUAUUGACUCAAUGACUAUACAGUCUUCAAGGAAGUUGCCAUGAAGAUACCAUUAACUGAAGCGCGUAUGGUGUAGAAAGAAGCAUAGACUUGUCUUUUUAAGGAUGAUUGAUGAUGUCCGACUCUCUACAUUCAGUAAGUAGACUGAUCAGGCAUUGCAUACACACGUCCACUGAUCAGGCAUUGCAUACACACGUCCACUGACUAAUUUCUCCCAUGGCCUCUUCUUCAUCCUCUUCUUCAGUCACCUCUCCAUGGCGCUACGAUGUCUUUUUGAGCUUUAGAGGAGAUGAUACCCGUGAUACUUUUACCGCUCAUCUAUACCGUGCCUUGACUCAAAAGGAAAUCCUUACCUUCAUAGAUAAGGAUGAGCUUAGACGAGGCGAUGAGAUUUCACCUGCACUUCUCCAAGCUAUAGAAGGUUCAAGAAUUUCCAUUAUUGUGUUAUCAACAAAUUAUGCAUCAUCAACGUGGUGUUUGGAUGAGUUAUUGAAGAUUCUUGAGUGUAAAAAAUCAAAACAACAAAGAGUUCUACCUGUGUUUUACCACAUAGAUCCAUCAGAUGUUCGACAUCAAAGAGGAAGUUUUGGUGAAGCAUUGGCUAAACAUGCUGAGAAAUUGAAUGUAGACAUGAAGUUGCAGCUGUGGAAGGAAGCCCUUCGAGAAGUUGCCGGUAUACUUGGAUACCCUCUCAUAAAUGGGCAUGAAGCAAAUUUAAUUGAAGAAAUCGUCCAAGAAGUCUCAAGAAUAGCAAAUGAUCAUUUUUUUUUACCCGUUGCCAAGCAUCCUGUUGGAUUAGAACCUCAUCUAAAAGAUGUUGAUUUGCUAAGUGUUGAAACGAACGACAUACGAAUGAUAGGAAUUUUUGGAGUUGGCGGAAUUGGUAAGACAACUCUAGCCAAAGCAAUUUAUAAUUCGAUUUCUUCUCGAUUUGAAGCUCGUUGUUUUCUUGCAAUUGUUAGCGACACUUCAAAUCAAGCGGAUCUUUUGGUCCGACUGCAAAAGACACUUCUCUCUAAGAUUUUAGGAAAAUGUAAAAGUUUGAAGAUUGACAAUACUGAUACGGGAAUCAUUAAUAUACAGCGUGGGCUUUCCUCUAAAAGAGUUCUUCUAAUUCUUGAUGGUGUAGACCACUUGAGCCAAUUAGAAACAUUAGCAGGAGCUCGUGAUUGGUUUGGUAAAGGAAGUAGAAUCAUCAUCACAACAAGAGAUCAACACUUGUUGAAAACUCAUGGAGUUGAUUCAACAUAUGAGAUGAAGGGAGAGUUUGUAGAAUGGAUCGUAAAUUAUGCUGGGAGCCUUCCACUAGUUUUAACAGUGCUCGGCUCAGAUUUAUAUGGCAGAACUAAAAAAGAGUGGGAAAGUGCAUUGGAUCAGUACAGGAAAAUCCCUCACCAAGAUAUUCAAAAAAUACUUAAACCGAGUUAUGAUAGAUUAAGUGAAGAUGAAAAGAAUGUUUUUCUUGACAUUGCAUGUUUUUUCAAUGGACAAUGCCUUUAUAAUGUCAUUGAGAUGCUAGAUAGUUUUGGUUUUUUCCCAAACUUUUCGAUCCCAAGACUAAGGGAGAAGUGUCUUAUUUCGGAAUUUCACGGAAUAUUGCAAAUGCAUAACUUGUUACAAGAUAUGGGUAGAGAAGUUGUUCGACAAGAAUCGCUCAAAAAUCCAGGAGCACGUAGCAGAUUAUUUCUUCAUGAAGAUGUUCGUGAAGUACUGGAGAAUGAUACAGGAACAGAUAAUGUUGAAGGAAUUGUUGUAGAUUUUCCUAAAGGUGAUGAUAUCAUCCGCUUGAGUCCCAAGGCUUUCAAGAAAAUGAAAAGACUCAGAUUAUUUAGAUGCCGCAAUGCACAUUUUUCUGAAGAACUUAAUUUUCUACCUAAUUCAAUAAGAGUGCUUGAUUGGCCUAAUUGUCCUUUACAAUCUAUGCCAUCUAAGUUUCGUGGAGACAAGCUCUCUAUUCUACUCAUGCCUGGAAGUUCGAAAUUUAAGUAUCUCACGGCUAUGAAUUUCGAUGAUUGUCAAUCCAUAACGAAAUUUCUGGACAUUUCAAGGUGUCCAAAUUUGAAGAAAAUAAAUCUUAGUGGUUGUAAAAAUCUGGUCGAAGUUCAUGAUUCUGUUGGAUUCCUUGAUAAGCUUGAUACAUUAAAUCUUUCUGGAUGUGACAAACUAAAGAGACUUCCAAGUAGACUACAGUUGAGAUCUCUGCGACUCCUUAUUCUUGGUCAUUGCUGGAACCUUCAAAACUUUCCAGAAAUAGAAUGUGAAAUGGAACAUUUACAAGAAGUCUGCUUAAUAGGCAGCAAAAUAGAAGAAUUGCCAUCAUCCAUUAGGUACCUCACUGGGCUUUUAAGAUUAAUCCUAUGUUACUGUGUAAACCUGAAGGGUCUACCAAGUAGCAUUCAUCAGUUGAGAUCUCUAAGAUAUAUUGGACUCAAGCAUUGUCCAAAUAUUAUAAGUUUUGGGAUGGAGGAGGAGGAGGUGCAUAAUGGACAACCCACGCCCUAUGUAGUGUCUACAAGCUGGGAAAAUGAAGCUUCAUUGGGUGCAGAAUUAUUCCCAUUGCCGCCUCCAACAAAAUCAACAUCUUCUCUGGCCUUGCAUCUUGAGGACUGUGGCCUAUCAAAAUCGAAUUUCUUUAGGCUAUCUAAUUGCUUUCUCAAUCUGUUUUCAUUGCAUCUAUCAGGUUGUGAUAUCAUAAGCAUUCCAGCAAGCAUCAAAACAUUUGUUAGAUUGUCGACACUUUAUUUGAUUAAUUGCAAGCAACUUCAAGAAAUUAUGGAGUUGCCACCGAAUCUUCGAUGGCUUUAUGCUAUGGGAUGCACGUCACUGGAAAGAUUACCAGAAAUAUCAAAAAAAAAUCAUUUCCCACGGCUAGAAUUCAUUGACUUGACCGGAUGCUUUAAAGUGAAUGUGGGGAGUUGUAUGCCAAACCCUGCAUGGAAUGGAAAUUUUGAAAUGAUAUUUCCGGGAAAUAAGAUUCCAGAUUGGUUCAGCCAUUGCAAGGAGACUUCAAAUAGUCAUCGGUGUAAAUUUGAUAUUAAAUGGUCCCCACCGUAUAAUUUGGAUGACAUCAUAGGAAUUUCUCUUUGUGCUAUUUUUGAACCCGUUGGGCCUGGGAGUUUGGAAGUUCGCGUCGGAGGAAAACCCGAGGACGACAUACAUACUCAUUUUCAUCAUAUUGGUGUAUUUGAUUCAGAUCUUGUAUGGUUAAAGUACCUAACUAGAGAACAUAUUCGGAGGCAACAAGAUGUGAGUGUAGAUCAGGCAGAUGAUCAUCUGAGGAUUAUAUUUAAAAACUGUUUCCCAGAUAAUCCUUUGAUCUUCAAACGCUGCGGAGUUCAUAUUUUAUACAAACACCAUGAUGAACAGAAUGCAAAAGAUCAUGAAAAUGUUGAUGUCCAUUUGGAUGCACCCAUUGAAGAUAUUGGAAAUUUAGCAAAUCCAAUAGAUCAUGGAAGUCAACUUUCUAAGAGGCGUCGUAUUGAUUAUGAUGAUGAUUGCAACGUCAUUGAAUCCGACAUGUACCCACAACGUCAUUAUGAUGAUGAUCACAACAUUGGAUCCAACUUGUACAUCAGAAUUGUUAUGUGUGCUUUUAAAUACUAAGAGGCGUCCUAUUGAUUAUGAUGAUGAUUGCAACGUCAUUGAAUCCGACAUGUACCCACAACGUCAUUAUGAUGAUGAUCACAACAUUGGAUCCAACUUGUA